CAAGGGUAUAUCCCUCUGCCCAGCUGUGUCACGAACCGUUAUACGUGGACACAACAAGUUGCUGACACUCUGCCUUUCAUUUUGCUCUUUUAGCUUUGACCGUUUGACGUCACUUUUUGAUUGUUUUUCUUCCUGUUUGUUCGAAGACCCGUCAAUACUUUGCUUUGAACAAACAAUAGAAUUGAGUCUGCCAUGGAACUAUUUUGAUAACAAAAGCUGUCUUGUCUUUCUCUUCCUGCUGUUGAAAUAAGAUGUUGGGAAAGGUAUGGAUUUUGAUUCGUUGGGAACCACAUACAUCUUCCCAAAUGUGAUGCAACCCCCUAUAGAGCUUGAAACUGUCAACCCCUUGCCUAGCAGGGGUUGGCCAGGGGGAGUAAAAGGACAUGUUCGCUCGGCAAGUCAUGGUGUCAUUGGUGUUUCCUUGUUAAAUCCCACGUUACAUCCACAGCCAUCUUCUCCAUCUCCUGCAAUUGGAUUAUUAGAGGCAGCCUCAGGAUUGAGCAAAGCAGAAAGGUCCUCUCAGGAUGUCUCAUCUACCAAUCCGACAGUUCUAAAACUUCCAUAUACAGGAAUUCUACGUCAAGGCCAUACAAGAGCACUUUCGCAAGGUCAGAUUCCUAAUCAACAAGUCCAGCCUACUAAAGGACACAGUCGAACAGGCUCUAGGACAGAUUUUCUCCUGCCACCUGGCCACCAGGAUCGAACAACCAGUGGUGCAGCCCAUGGUACCAAACACAAACGGCAGGUUUCUCGAACCCUGUCGAACGAUGUCUUUACCAAGGGCCAUUCACGACAAGCUUCCAGGACAGAAUCGAUUUACACGAUUCGGCAGACGCGAAUUCCAUGGGUCAACCGCUUUCUUUUCUGGAGACAAGUAAAAACUCCUGAACUUCCUCGUAUGCGAACUGUCGUACCCAACCACGCUGUACCACCCAGUGUUAAACCGAAGCAUCAUCCGAAUAAUGCCUACAGCGACAAUGCGAUUCGUACCUCCAAAUAUACUCCGUUGUCCUUCAUUCCAAAGAAUCUGUUGGAACAGUUUCACCGCUUCGCAAAUCUCUAUUUCCUAUUCAUAGUGCUUUUAAAUUGGAUACCAGCUAUCAGCGCAUUUGGCAAAGAGGUCGCUAUGAUCCCAGUGAUCUUCGUCUUGGGAGUCACAGCUAUCAAAGAUGCAUUCGAAGAUCAUCGUCGUCGACAAUCCGAUCUGCGCAUCAACAAUUCUACCUGUCGCGUUUAUCGGGUAGAAGAAGAUCGCUACGUCCGUGUUCUGUUUUCUGAGGUGAAGGUCGGUGAUAUCGUUCACCUUUCAUGUGAUGAAAUCAUUCCCGCUGAUCUUCUUCUACUCAAAUCUUCCGAAAAACAAGGGCUCUGUUUCAUCGAAACUUCCAAUUUGGACGGAGAAAACAAUUUGAAGCAAAGAAGUGUGCCUAAAAUGAUGCUGUCGAAACAACAUCACUUCCAACCUAAGGCGUUCGUCAGUCAUAUCGAGUGUGAAGCUCCUACCACAAAAAUCUAUCAAUUCCAUGGCGCUAUCGUCAACCCGGAUGGCUCACGAGUUCCCGUUGGCCGAGAAAACCUUUUACUUAGGGAUUGUGCUCUAAAGAAUACGGAUUUUGUCGAGGGCAUUGUCGUUUACGCCGGCCACGAAUCCAAGGCCAUGCUUAACCACGGUGGCCCACGAUACAAAAGAACGCAGUUGGAACAAGCCAUGAACAUGGACGUUGUGUGGUGUGUGGUGAUUCUGGUUUUACUUUGCCUAGCCGGUGCGUGUGGCUGCGGGUUGUGGUUAAAAUCCUACAUACCAUAUCUUCCGGUUCCGUUUCUUCCAUUAGUAAACUUUCAUGGUGGCGAUGACAUUCUGGCAGGGAACGAUCCCGAUCCUUUUUAUCAAGCUUUCCUUGCUUUUUGGACAUACGUAAUUAUUUUACAAGUGAUGAUACCCCUUUCACUCUACGUGACUAUCGAGCUGGCCAAGCUCAUACAAAUCUAUCACAUCCAUAAUGACCCUCACCUGAGGGAUCCCAUUACGCAUCAGGCGAUCGAAUGUCGAGCGCUUAAUAUCACAGAGGAACUGGGCCAAAUUCAGUACAUCUUCUCUGACAAAACGGGCACGUUGACUGAAAACAACAUGAUUUUUCGACGCUGUUCUGUUGGUGGUAUCGAUUACAAUCACCCGCAAGUUAAUAAAGAUGCACCGCCUUUAAAGCCCGGUGAGCGCCAAAAGAUUUAUCCAAAUCCAAGACUGCAAGAAGAGUUGAGACAGUUUGAAAUCCAACGUCGAGCCAUCAACGAAACUUCUGACUCAGACGUUGAGAGCAGGCCUCACAUUAAUGUGCAAGCUAGAAGACUGGAAGAAUUCUUUCUUUUGAUGGCAGUCUGCAAUACAGUAGUGGUGGCAAAAAAACCCCAUCGUGAUCGCAUGAAUGAGGUUGGCCAAAUUGAACUUUCGGGCGUUGAUUGUUCUGUUCACAUUGCUGUCGACGAUGGUGAAAGCUUCUCGGAUCGUGGACAGUCACCUUCUAUUGAAUCGGGGUCUGUCAGUAUGUCUUCCACAACGUUAAUGGUUCCUCCUAACUUGAAUAGUACCCCGCAUUCCAAUAACGUCCUCGAUCAAAACACAAACGUAACACCUAAGCGACCAGGAAAUUUGUCUUUCUUUUCUGCAGGAAGACAUUCAGCACGUUAUCGGCCGUCCAAUCAACAUAACAUUCAACGGCCUUUAUCACCAAUUGACUCUUCUGCAGAAACGACGCCAUCUGAAUCGCCAGCUCCCUCUCUGAGACCACGUUUUCUCCAGUUGCCCAGUUUGGCUUCUGCCCAGUCAUUUUUCAGCCUAAGGCGAUCUUCUACCCCCACGUCCGACAUAUCAAAUUCACUGCCGGCCACACCGUCUAGUGAUAGGAAGAAUUUUUAUGAGGCCGAAAGCCCCGACGAAUUGGCACUGAUUGACGCAUCCUGCUGUUAUAACAUUCGCUUGUUUCAGAGGUCCGUCCACCAUGUCGCCGUCUCACUUCCCGGUGAAGGAACGCUGGAGUAUGAAAUACUGGAAAUUUUGCCUUUCGACUCGACUCGUAAACGGAUGUCAGUCAUUUUGCGCCGGCCAGAAACACGUCAAAUCGUCGUUUAUUGCAAGGGAGCAGAUUCUGCAAUCCUUCCCCGCUUAGCCUACACUCAGAGUUUUGCCGAAAAUCAAAUCAUACAGCGAACAGAGCACCACGUCAACCAAUAUUCGAAGCAGGGUCUUCGUACGCUUGUUAUGGCCAAAAGAGUACUUAGUGAGGAGGAUUUCACCAUUUGGCUAGUGGCGCACAACGAAGCAAAAGGGGCACAUGAAGGUCGAGAACGUCUCCUCUAUGAAUCGUACUGUCGGCUAGAAAGGGAUUUGAGCCUUCUUGGCGCCACAGGCAUUGAAGAUAAAUUACAGGAUCAAGUGCCUGAAACUAUAAGCUGCUUGCGCAAGGCUGGCAUCGUUGUCUGGGUACUUACCGGUGAUAAACAGGAAACCGCUGUCAAUAUAGCUUACGCCUGCAGUUUGUUCGCUCCCGACAUGGAGGUGAUCAAGUUAAACGCUAGAAGCAAGAACGCUGCUGAAGCCGCCAUCCACUGCCAUCUCGACGCUAUACAGAGAGAGCUGGUUACUGUUGCAAACGCGAAUGAAACGGGUAAUAGGCUACGGUCCUUUUUCCCCCUGGCAUCCGAUAAUUCCAGCAUGGUAGUGAAGCGUAAAGCUUUGGUUGUUGACGGAAAAACGUUGCUGUAUAUCUUGGACAAGCGCUCUAAUCUGCAAAAACCGUUUCUCCAUUUAACGCGCCACUGCGCUGCGGUUCUGUGUUGCAGAGCUACGCCACUCCAGAAAGCGUUUAUUGUAAAAAUCGUCAAACAGCAGUUACACAUCCGCACUCUUGGCAUCGGUGAUGGUGCCAACGAUGUGUCAAUGAUUCAAACAGCGGAUGUUGGAGUAGGAAUAUCUGGUGUCGAGGGUAGGCAGGCCGUAAUGGCCUCCGAUUUCGCCAUUCCGCGCUUCAGUUUUCUUUUGCGGCUACUUUUGGUGCAUGGCCACUGGUGUUACGACCGGUUGGCACGCAUGGUUUUGUACUUCUUUUACAAGAACGCCAACUUUGUCUUUGUGAUAUUCUGGUAUCAAUUGUACUGCGGCUUCUCAGGAACAGUGAUGGUCGACCAAAUUUAUUUAAUGUUUUUCAACCUCUUUUUCACGUCGCUCCCUCCACUCGCUAUGGGGAUCUACGAUCAGAGUGCUUCAGCGGAAUUACUCCUCGCUCAACCUACUUUGUACGCUGUCGGGCGUGAAGCUCAGCUCUACCGCUCACACUCUUUUUGGGUGAAUAUCAUCGACGCUCUCUAUCAAAGCACAGUGAUUUUCUUCAUAGCUUACUGCGCUUAUAGUGACACGGUCGCCGAUUUAUGGGAAUUUGGCACAGUAGUGACGUCAUCCUGUAUUUUUGUCAUGUUGAUACACAUGGCAUCGGAGUUCAAAUCCUGGACUGGGCUUCACUUCCUGUCAUUAUUUGCGUCCGUCUCUUUUUACAUGGGCUUUGCCCUAACCUACAAUGCCGUUUGCGUCGAUUGUCCCGGUCUCCCGAAUCCAUAUUGGGUUAUGCAGCAUUGUUUGACCACAUUACUCUUUUGGGUCACUCUAAUCCUCACCUGCGUGUUGGCUUUCAUCCCAAGGUUCACCAUUAAGGCUUUGUUCUGCCUAAUCCAACCUUCAGUCGUUCAUCAAGCUCUGCUGGAACAAAAGAAAUCGGAACGGAGCAAAAAACAAGACCUGAGAGUCUCCUGGUCACGAACUUCUACGCGCUUGACGGUUGUUCGUACCACCGAUCCAUAGAAUCAUCGCUCGUAACCAAAGUUUUCCCUUUUUUAUUUGCUUCUCUUUUUUUUUUUUUGUUAUUAUGAUUCAGUCUGAUUUUUUCUUUCCAAUCUCUCGACCUGAUGAAAGUUUUGCUAGCCGAAAUCUGUUGUGCCGUCUAACGGCAUUUGACUUUUGCGAUCUUCCGCGAUUGGUUUCAAAAGCACACUAGCGAGAAUCUCUUUAUUUUUCAUUAGAAGAAAAAAAGAACUAACGACGAAAUAAAGCACAUUUUGCAACGAUUCCUAUGACGCGGUGGGAUGAUAAAGAUUGACGUAAUCGACGUGCGACGAGUGCCUUAAAAAAAGAAAACUAAUGUAUUUUAGAUUUGGUGCUUUAUUUUAUUGUUUUCUUCUCAGUUGAAAAAUCCUUUUCCGCUAUCGGAAUUCGAGUUUUUUUUUUUUUCCCUCCGAUUUCCAUAGUUCCUCGUGUAAGACCAACCACGAACUUAUAUUCCUAUCUCAUUCAUCUUUCUAAAAAUCUCGAAUGUGGGCUGCCCUUUUGUUCUAGUUCUUUGUCACCUGGGUAAAACAGUCCAAUGGCCGGUGUACUACAGUAGGCUUUUCUUCCGUCGUCGUUAGUUGUUGGGUUUUAUUUUGAAUUUGAAAUUCCCUGUCGUGCCAUACUUAUACAAUCAUGUGCAAGAAGCAGAAAAAAAAGGGGCGAGGGAAAAUCCAAGUGCGCGCGAUUCAAAUGGGAAAUGAUGAUGCAGAGGGUAUCUCUCUUUACUUACGACACGUUUCUCUCUGUCUUGGCGUUCAGGAAAAUAACUAAAGGUGAAACGUCAAACUUAAAAAAAAAACAAGCAGUCGACGUUGUUUUAGCCUUUUCAAAAACUAGUUGACUUUGGUAUGUUUUGUUAUAUAUACCUGAACGAUAAUGAUUUACCUAUGAAGAAAACACCCGUAAUAUUUCCUUUUUAAUGUGUUUUUUUUUUAGACAAUGUGUAAAACAUGUUCCAAUUGUCAUAAUGUACCUUGUCUACGGCUGAUUAAUCCAACAUUUUUUUUUGUUUUGUUUUAUUGAACUAAAUCGUAAUUUUCUCUUGUUUGUGAAAGGCAACGAACGGACUGGACUCUCUUCAUUUUUCGUUCGUUCGUGAGCCGUUCUUCCUUGCAGCCCUCUAGCACGUUAUGUGCGUUCCACAAUUGUGAUGUGCAUGUGUGUUUGAAAUAUAUAUAUUGUUUUAAAAUGA